UCUGUCUCCCAGCUGAAGCUUUACAGCUACCACAGGUUCCUUAGACCAGCCUGGAAGAGUUGGGGACAAACACCAGGCGAUCCUCUUUACUCUGUCCUGCUCUCUCAGGAGGCCCAGUGUGGGCUGAAGCCCUUACCAUGGAGUCCAUGUUUGAAGAUGACAUCAGCAUCCUGACCCAAGAGGCCUUGGGGCCCAGUGAGGUGUGGCUGGAUGGUCCUGGAGACCCGUCACUGGGAGGGGAUAUGUGUUCUGCCUCCCAUUUUGCUCUUAUCACAGCCUACGGAGAUAUCAAGGAGCGGCUAGGAGGCCUGGAGAGAGAGAAUGCCACCCUCCGCCGUCGCCUCAAAGUCUAUGAGAUCAAGUAUCCGCUGAUCACCGAUUUUGGAGAAGAGCAUGGCUUCCCUCUGUAUGAAAUCAAGGAUGGCUCCCUGCUGGAGGUGGAGAAGGUCAGUCUGCAGCAACGGCUCAACCAGUUCCAACACGAGUUGCAGAAGAAUAAGGAGCAGGAAGAACAGCUCGGGGAGAUGAUCCAGGCUUACGAGAAACUGUGUGUGGAGAAAAGCGACCUGGAGACAGAGCUGGGGGAGAUGCGAGCUCUGGUAGAGACACACCUACGGCAGAUCUGUGGUUUGGAGAAACAGCUGCAGCAACAGCAAGGCCUCCGGGAUGCAGCUUUCUCCAGCCUGAGCCCCCCAGCGGUCCCGGCCACAGCCUGUCCUGACCUGGACCUGCACUAUCUGGCUCUGAGAGGGGGACCUGCCUUGAGUCAUGCAGGCUGGCCUGGCCCUACCAGUGUAAGUGUGAGUGAGUUGGAGCGGAGACGCCUGGAAGAGGCCCUGGAGGCUGCGCAGGGGGAGGCUCGGGGAGCUCAGCUCCGGGAGGAGCAACUCCAGGCAGAAUGUGAGCGGCUACAGGGAGAGCUGAAGCAGCUGCAGGAGACCCGGGCCCAGGAUCUGGCCUCCAACCAGUCGGAAUGUGACAUGGCUUGGGUAAAGAGAGUUGGGGAUGAUCAGGUGAACUUGGCACUGGCCUAUACAGAACUGACCGAGGAGCUGGGUCGCCUUCGGGAGUUGAGUUCCCUGCAGGGGAGGAUCUUGAGGACUUUGCUACAGGAACAGGCCCGCAAUGCAGGCCAAAGGCACUCACCGCUGUCACAACGUCACUCCCCGGCCCCCGCGUGCCCCUCACCCUCCCCACCUGCCCGACCGCCGCCCUGUGCCCCAUGCCAGUCCCCCGCUGCACAGCGCCGUUCGCCCGUGCCCCCGUGCCCUUCGCCCCAGCAGCGCCGCUCGCCCGCCUCGCCGUCCUGCCCGUCGCCGGUCCCACAGCGCCGCUCGCCGGUGCCGCCGUCGUGCCAGUCGCCCAGUCCGCAGCGCCGCUCGCCCGUGCCACCCAGCUGCCCGGCCCCGCAGCCCCGGCCACCGCCACCACCGGGGGAGAGGACGCUGGCCGAGCGUGCCUAUGCUAAGCCGCCCAGCCACCACGCCAAGGCCGGCUUCCAGGGCCGCCGCAGCUACUCGGAGCUAGCAGAGGGGGCGGCCUACGCUGCUGCCUCCCCCGCCUGGCUGCAGGCCGAGGCUGCCACGCUCCCUAAGCCCCGCGCCUAUGGUGGAGAGCUCUACGGCCCGGGCAGGCCGCUCAGCCCGCGCCGAGCCUUCGAGGGCAUCCGCUUGCGCUUUGAGAAACAGCCAUCGGAGGAAGAGGAGUGGGCCAUGCCCGCCAGCCCGCCCAGUCCCGAGGCGAGCACCAUCCGCUGCGCCUCAUUCUGUGCGGGUUUCCCCAUCCCAGAGUCACCUGCGGCCACCGCCUAUGCCCACGCUGAGCACGCACAGUCCUGGCCAUCCAUCAAUCUACUGAUGGAGACGGUGGGCUCCGACAUCCGAAGUUGCCCCCUCUGCCAGUUGGGUUUCCCUGUCGGGUACCCAGAUGAUGCCCUCAUCAAACACAUUGACUCCCACCUGGAGAACAGCAAGAUCUAGGGCACCUCUCCCACAGCUGUUUCUCUGUUCUCGCUCAUCACCCCCCAAACACUCACUUUGAAUGCUGCAUGAAUCUCGUGGGGGGCCCCUGCCCCUUGCGGUCCCCAGAUACCUCCACUGGCUACCGAGUCAUGUGUGUGCCGUCUUCCCUGGUCCAGGCGCCACUCAGCUCUGGCUUUUUCCUGGAGGUCGACCAAGGCUCCCACAUCUUCCUGGUUCCUCCUGGGGAGUGGGGAUCUGGUCUGGGAUGAGGAGGACAUACCCUCCACCUCUCUCUGCCUUUCUGUCCUUCAACAGGGUUGUCUCCAAGAGGAAGUCUAGUACUCAGGGGAGGGGGAGGAAGAGGUGUCGAGAGCUCUGGGAGCCCCUUCCCAAUGUCUGUCUUUCCUGGGCUGGGUUCUUCCAGGAAGAACCUCUUGGUCGGGUCUCAGAGCCCGCCCUGCACACCGACGCCAGCCCUCUGUCCAUGACCGACCAGCUUGGGGCUUGUGGUACUGGGGAAAGAGGCAUCUUGUUUCUUGUUGUCACUGCAGGCCAGCUCUGUUCUCCCCCUCUGUACACCCUGGGGAACUGGAAUGGUGGCAGAGGGGUGGGAGGACCCUGCAGGCCUUGGAUGAUCCAGCCCAAAGGGGCUGCCUUGAGGCUAGGACUCCUGGGCCAUUACCCUCAGUCCAGGGGACUGCACCAGCCUCACAGGCCUGGGCCCUUCAGGAGCCCCUGGCACUAAGGUGCAGAUCACCAAGGCAGAUGCCUCCACCCUGCCCCCUACUGCAGCUCCUGACACCACAGGUUCCCCAGAGCCCAAGUGUGACUCAGCCUGCGUUUGCUGGGUGGGUGUUAUCAGCCCCUCCCUCCCAGGCCAGAACCUGAGAUUGGGACCUGGGUGCUGUGGAGAUCAAUUUCAAAAGAGCUAACCCCCUUCCCAAACCCACCCCCCAUUCCCUCUGUGAAAUCUACCUCAGAGUCGUCCCCUUAGAAAGACAGGGGAGUGGGAGGCUGGGGCCCCAGGCUGAGGUGGGAGCCUCCUGAGGGAGUCCUGCUGCCCACUAUGAAUCCACCCCUCACUUUGAGCCUCCCUGGGGCCUUGGCUGGCGAUGGCAGUGAACACCACUGUCAUCGCAUGUGCCAUUCUGAUCCAAAUCUUCCAGGCCCUCUCCCCACACCCCUCCUUCCUCUGUGCAGGGGGUGAGGGGUAUGUCAGCAGGGAAGGGGCCAAGGACUCCAGAGACAUGUCAUUGUACCCUGAGUGUUCCCCAGAGAGGGGACAUGGGGAAGGGGGCCUGUAGAGGGGAGAGAGAGCCAAGUGCUCUCUGAACAAGUUGAAAGUCCAAAUAAAAUGUACCUGUUCCAUCUGC